CCGCGCCACUCGCCCACCACACGCUUUAUAAAAGCAAAACCGCAGCCGCUAGGGUUUCUCUCGUCCGCCGGCGUCGCUCCGCUCCGCAUCUCCAAGCAGGUUGAGAAGCCUGCCCUGUUGAGAAGCUGCAAUGGCGCCUAAAGCUCCCCCAAAGAAGGCUGACACCAAGGCUCAAGCCUUGAAGGUUGCCAAGGCUGUUAAGUCUGGAACCACCAAGAGGAAGGCCAAGAAGAUCCGCACAUCUGUGACGUUCCACCGGCCAAGGACCCUUAAGAAGCCAAGGGACCCCAAGUACCCAAGAAUCAGUGCACCUGGGAGGAACAAGCUUGACCAGUACCAAAUCCUCAAGUACCCCCUCACGACUGAAUCUGCGAUGAAGAAGAUUGAAGACAACAACACCCUUGUCUUCAUUGUCGACCUUAAGGCGGACAAGAAGAAGAUUAAGGCAGCCGUCAAGAAGAUGUAUGACAUCCAGGCGAAGAAAGUCAACACUCUGAUCAGGCCUGAUGGGAAGAAGAAGGCUUACGUGAAGCUUACACCAGACUACGAUGCUCUUGAUGUGGCCAACAAGAUCGGCAUCAUCUAAAUUUUGUGGUUUUGUGUGUCAGUGUGUUGCAGUUUCUGAGUUUUGGUGGUCUAGGUCUUACUGUUUGGACAGAACGGGCAUAGCUAAGCCUGAGUACCCUUUUUCUGCUUGUGAACUGGUACCAAUGAUAAAAAUUUGCAAUGUUCAAGAUCUGCGUUUGAAUUCUGUUUU